UUAUUACCUACUUAUCGGUGUACUCAAAAGCCUACAUCAAAAAGCCAGACACAUCAACAAACACUUGUCUCCCGUGCCGAAAAAGCUCUGAGCUGCUCCAUUGGAAAGUGAACUCUAGGACGUGCUACUAAAUUUGCAGAGAUGUUUGGCAUCUUCAACUUACUUAUUGGGUCCGUCUAUCCAGUCAUUGCCUCAUUCAAGGCAUACGACAGCUACUCACGCCUCGCCACAAAGACCGGUGCCACAACGUUCACGGUCAAAGGCGUGUCGAUCCCGUUGGGCACCAUAUUGAGAAAAGCCACGGCUGCCGAGGCGCAGAUCGAGGAGGACACCUUGAACUACCGCUUGCUCAGCGUGCAAAUGUGGUUGAUAUACUGGAUAGUGAACGCCACCGUGCGUGCGGCCGAAACCGUGCUACAUCUCGCAUGGCUCCCUCUUUACUCGAUCGUCCGCUGUAUGUUCUCCCUCUGGCUCGUAGCGCCCAUCAUGGUGAGCAGUGCCAGGCUCAAGAGCUCGCAGGUGAUGUCGUUCAACGAUGUCCAGCAAGAGUGGGCCGACUUUUCCAGCCAGGGCUGCGGGUUGGUGUAUUUCAGAUACUUAAGGCCCUUUUUCGACAAGCACGCGGGCUUGUUGAGCCAGCUCAGCGCAGAGCCGCUCUUGGCGUAUAUCAGUGGGCUGGUGGUGCUUCCGUUGGCGCAGCGGGCCGGGUUCUGGGCUCUUGCGCGCGGCGCGCUGCAACCGUCGGCCGGGUACGCGGAGACGAUAGCUGGGUAUACGGGGUUCUCCUGGCCGGGCCGGGGCAGGGCCGGGCCCGAAGCCAAGACCGCGGCCUUGGAGGAUAUCUCCGACUAUGACGUGGUAGAUCGGCCUGGCGGCACCGAGGAGCCUGCGGCGAGACAGCGUGCCGCGGGCCAGGCGGAGCCCCCGGCGGCGUCGGCGGGCCAGGCGCCGCAGCACCGGCAGCCGUGGUUCUGGUAGCGCGUGGCAUCGACGUUUCCCGGCAGUGGGGUGCGGAGUCUUUAUGGAACCUAUAUAAGCUGAAUUCAAACCCAGUCCCAUCC